AAGAAAGAAUAGCAUUAUUAAGACAACCACCUUUACCUAAACGACCAUCUGAAGAUAAUACAGAUGAAAAUUAUUUUCCAACAAGAAUAAUUGAUAAUGCAAAACAACAAAGAAAUGCAAAAAUAGAUCAUGUUAAAGAGUUAAUAAGAGAUUUUCAUACCAAAAGUAAAGAUGGAAAAACUUUAUUAGAUGUUCUUUAUUAUAUCUGG